GCCUUCCACGGUUCUUUCUAUUUUUUUGCUAUGCUGGCUAGGGGGGACAGUGAAGGGAGAGAGAGUGGAUCACUUUGGUCCCCCAGAAUUCAAGCAAAUCCAGGGACACCAUUCCCCUCCUCCAGAACCUGAGAUCUGAGCAUUAUCCUCUCAAAAAGCUGCAAAGAUCAUAGUCCAAGAACCUAGCUAAUGAAAUAAAUUGUGUCCAGAGCCACCUUAUCCACAUACCAAGGCCCUCCCAGCUAAGAGGAACAGGAGGCUCUGGGAACAAGAAUGCAGAAAUAGAGCAAAAUUUGGGCCCUUUCCAUUCGAACAAAAAUUUAGAAAUUUUUGAAACAGGGCAAAUGAUGUUAAGAUUUCCUUAGAAAGCUACGGAAAAUCUGAAAACUGUUGAAACUAGAUAUAUACGAAGGUUUGGAUCGUUCUUUGGUCAGUGCUUUUGGCGAGAAAUUUGCAUUCAUUUGUACAAAGACUUCCAGCGAAAAAUCAAUUGACAAAUGAAAUUGACAUCAAAUGCAUCACAUGGGAUGUGACAAACUUGCUCAUACUCGAUGCAAAAGCAGACGGUUGCUCACAGUGGUUUCUUUCUUGUUUGGCAAAGUAGAAACCAACUGCUCACAGGGUAGGACAGCGCGUGUAAGGUGCGUGUAAUUACACACAUGUAAAAUCUACUGUUCUUGUAGCUACACGCAUUUGUGUGUAAUUUCAGAUGUGUGUAUUUUAACUGGACGAAGGAACCUUUGUUAUUCAUACAUGCUUUUGUGUGUAUUUUACAAAACAAAAAACCACAAGACACAGAGCAGUGUUCCAGAUAACUGAGUGGUCUCAGCUCAAAAAACCGACAAGGUCAGCUACGUGACCUGACAAAUUGAUAGAAAAUUUAUAAUGACUUGGUGGGAGUAAUGUGAUCCCUUAUUGACACCCUCCUUUAAAAAAUUAUCUGGAACCCUGCAGAGUUGACUUUCCUAUACAGGGAUAUGGGGAUGCAGCAUUAACAGUAACAAAGGCCAAAACUUUUGUGAGAUCAUGCCACUGACACAUAUUCCUUUAGCUUUUCUGGGUUGAGCUAUUGCCCUGACCCAGAAAUACCUUUAAUAUUGACAACACAUUCUGUUUCCGUCUUGCCUCGACACCAUCCACUGGUUGUGGUUUCUUGGUCCAUGGGUGAUUACAAACCGUAGAGCAAGCUGUGCUUGUAGCUGCACUGAAUGGCCGGGUUCCUAUUCUAAAUGAUUCCUGUCUGGGUAACCCGGGCCCACUUCCAACAGAAACUGUGGUCAGUCCAGACAAAGGACGACUGGGACUUCUCCUUCUAGUCUGUGCAUCCUUCGGAAAUCUGGAAAGAGUUGUCCGUUGCCAUGGUUUGUAGUCACCAAAAUUCACGGCGAUUCUACCUUCUAAAGUCCUAAGAAGUGGAUCGUUCUUGAAUUGGUCCUUUGUAUUGAGUCUCUGAGCCGCUUGCUUACCCCAUCCGCGAGAGCUUGAAAGCGCAUUAUGCUCGUUUCUUUGAUGGUCGCUCAUUGUGUCGGUAGAACGAUGAGAGAAGAAACCGUCAUUUGUCGCCAUAUUGUUUACCUGUGUUACCGUCAUGCAAGAGGAAAGAGACAAUUCGUGCAUACGUAUUCGGCGUAUUGAGUGGAGAAAAGCGAAGAUGUCGCGUAAUGGGGGCGUCAGGGCUUUGGGGCUUGUAACCUUGUUUUCCUGUUUGCAAAUUGUUUUGGGAAGACCACCGCAUAUAGUCUUUAUUUUGGCAGAUGAUUAUGGUUUCAACGACGUCGGCUAUCAUAAUCCACGCAUAAAAACGCCAAAUCUUAACAAUUUAGCGGCUACAGGAGUGCGCCUGGAAAACUAUUACGUGCAGCCGAUUUGCACCCCAACUCGAAGUCAGUUGUUUUCCGGCAGAUAUCAAAUCCACACUGGCCUGCAACACGGAAUAAUCUGGCCUUCCCAAGCCAAUGCACUUCCCAAGAAUGAUACCACAAUUGCAAGUAAGCUUAAAGAAUAUGGCUACAGUACACACAUGGUUGGAAAGUGGCAUAUCGGUUUCUACAAGCGAGAGUUCAUUCCAACUCAGCGGGGAUUCGACUCGUUCUUUGGCUAUUUGACCGGCGGAGAAGAUUAUUAUUCACACAAGAAUAGCGUGGGGUAUCCAAGCAAGCAGUACGAGGAAUUAAAUGGGUAUGACUUGCGAAGAAAUGAAGACGUCGCAACUGAUGCUGCUGGGAAGUAUUCCACUUUCUUAUUCACUGACGAAGCAGUAAAGAUCAUUUCUUCCCACGAAGAAGACAAACCCUUGUUUCUGUUUGUAGCGUACCAAGCCGUUCAUUCACCGCUGGAGGUACCUGAACAGUACACCGAGCAGUACAAAGAUAUAAAGAACCAUGCUCGCCGAACGUAUGCAGGCAUGGUGACCUGCAUGGACGAAGGGAUUGGUAAUAUAACAAAAGCUUUAAAGGAUCAUGGCUUGUGGGAUGACACGGUACUAUUUUUCAGUACUGACAAUGGUGGACAGAUCUACGCAGGUGGCAAUAAUUGGCCUUUACGCGGCUGGAAAGGCUCGCUGUGGGAAGGCGGAGUGAGAGGGGUGGGUCUGGUUUAUAGCAAAUUGUUGUCAAAACCGGGGCAGAUAAACACAGAGAUGAUCCAUGUCACUGACUGGUACCCGACAAUUGUACACUUGUCAGGGGGCUCUGUUGAGGGCAUACCUCUUGAUGGCUAUAAUGUCUGGGAAACGUUGAGUAAUGGGAAACCAUCACCUAGAAAUGAGAUCUUGCAUAAUAUUGACCCAAUAGAUACCUACUGGGACUCUCGCAUUGAAUCUUAUCAGUACUGCCGACAAGCUGCUAUACGAGUCGGUGACUGGAAACUCUUGAAAGGUUGUCCAGGAGAUGGGAGCUGGAUUCCUCCUCCAGAGAGUUCCUAUUCUUUUGAGCAUGGAACAAAUUAUUUGGACAACAUCAACAGCACCUUCCUCUUCAACAUAAGAGAAGACCCUGAAGAGAGAAAUGAACUAUCUGAGGUAUUUCCAGAUAUGGUGUCCUUUUUGAUGAAGAAACUCAGUGAAUACAAUGCUACGGCUGUACCAGUACGUUACCCUGAUCCAGAUCCUGCAUCAAAACCAGAGCUGCAUGGAAAUAUUUGGACACCUUGGGAGCAAUAGAAAGGAAAUUGGACUAAAUUGAAUUGAUAAACAAAUACCUUUUACUACCUGAUUUCGAGGUCUGUACUGUAAGUUACGCACCAAGUUUUUUUCCACUUUGAUUUAUGGGCUAAGAGCAAAGGGCGAUCCAUAACUUACAGUACAUACAGAGCGUGAAGACGAGGUUAGUAAGAUUUUAUUAUAUCUCUGCUGCGUGUCUGACGGGUCAGGGAAGGAUUUUUAUUCAGGCGGAAUGGCUUUAAAUUUCUGAUCCAUAUUAAAAGCUAAACAUUGAAGUCAAUUUGAAGUUUUUAGCAUGUUUUAUUACACAAUUAAAAGUAAAAGAAAGCUUUAAACUUUUACUUGCUAUAAAAGUUAAGAACACCUGACAAAAAUUAAGAAACAUUUUGCAAACAAGCAGGCUGUAUAGUAGAAUACGAACUGCUAAACUGACCAAUCACAGCAUGCGUAGUAACUAAGAGAUAUAAUAAAACUUGAUAGAAAAUAGGGUCAGGUCCAGGGGGUUAAGAAACAGGGGCCUGUAGUAACAUUCAACACCCAAGGGGAGAGGGGUUGUGAGAUAAAAACACUUAUGUAAAUACUGUAGUAAGUUGCUGCUGUUAUUCUUGUAGAGGAUAACAAAAUUCUUUGUAUUGGGAAUUUUUUAUUACUUGUAGUGAGUGAAUGGUAGGCAUAUUUUGUAGUAUAAGGAUUACAUUUUUUUCCCCACUUUUUUCAAGGAGCUGGUCCAUACAGUUAAAAUGCAGUAAAAUUUUUAUUAAUAAUAAUUUUUUAAUGUAAUGCAAUAGGUUAAUGUUGUUAUGAACAUUUCCAAAUCUUCAAAAAUGUAAAAUGCUAUGUCUAAACGGGAAAGAUAGGUCAAUAAGAAGUGAUUAGGUAUUUCAAAGGGAGAAUUUUUUUGCCCAAAAUCAUUACUUUUUUUGGUUUUCUACAUGUUCCAGCAAUGUUGAUAAUAGAUUUUAGUGUAUAGAUCUUUUUCAUUUUCGUUUGAAAAUGUAACCUAUGUAGUGCAUAAAACCUCA